GUAUCUGUUUAAGAGUAAUCAACUCUUUUCCCUUGAAUGUUUUUGUCCCUUCUCUGGUUUUUUGUACACUUCAUCUCUAGUUGUUUUUUUGGCAAAUCUUACAUGCGCUUCCCUUGGUAGCCUAUGUCUUCUGGCAUAAUUGGUGUGCACACGGAUUUGAAACAAAACUUCAGAGAGGGAUCCUUGGGACCUGACACAAUGGAGACGGAAAGUGAGCAGAAUUCAAAUUCAGCCAGUGGCAGCUCAGGCUCUGGUGGAAGCACUCGCCCACAGAUAUCGCAAAUGACUCUCUACGAGCGGCAGGCAGUGCAGGCCCUUCAAGCACUACAGCGACAACCCAAUGCAGCCCAAUACUUUCAUCAAUUUAUGCUUCAACAACAGCUCAACAGUGCUCAACUUCACAGUCUGGCUGCAGUCCAGCAGGCCACAAUUGCAGCCAGCAGACAGGCAGGCUCUCCAAACACAAGCUCCCCUCAGCAGACAGCCACCACACAGGCUUCAAUUAAUCUGGCUACCACAUCAGCUGCACAGUUAAUCAGUCGCUCACAAAGCGUGAGUUCACCUGGUGCCACAACACUGACACAAUCAGUCCUUCUAGGGAACACCACUUCACCACCUCUUAACCAGUCACAAGCUCAAAUGUAUCUUCGGCCGCAGCUGGGGAACCUGUUGCAGGUGAACCGGACCUUGGGCCAUGUACCUCUUACUUCCCAGCUCAUCUUGAUGCCAAACGGGGCUGUGGCUGCUGUUCAGCAGGAAUCACCUUCCACGCAUGCUCCUGGGGUCCACACAGACACAGACCAGGUGCAGAAUUUGGCUGUCAGGAGCCAGCAGACUUCAGUAGCUAAUGCAUCACUCCAAGCUUCUACUCCGAAGGCUACUUUGCCAGGGAAUUCCCAGUCCUCAGUACUACCCCAAGCUGCCCAUGCUGGCCAGACUUUGACAGUAACACAAGCAUCUUCUGGCAAUGUAGGCCAGUCACUCAAUCUCAGCCAAGGUGCAGCAGGAAGUAAUGGCAUUUCCGGAGGCAUGGCCUCAUCAGUAGGGAGUCAUGCUACCACCGGGUUGAACCAGUCAACUUCAUCUGGCCCAGGAUCCAACUACCAAAGGAAAGGCACUGGUGUAGUUCAGCCUUUACCAGUAUCUUCUGCUCCCCAGGCAGUGACUGUGAGCCAAGGAAGUCAGACAGAGGCAGACAGCGUGGCAGCAAAGAAGGCUGAAGGUGAUGGCAAUGGGCAACAGACUGUGGGCAUGAAUCUGACCAGGACAGCUACACCAGCCCCAAGCCAAACUUUGAUCAGCUCUGCCACAUAUACCCAAAUCCAGCCUCAUUCACUGAUCCAGCAACAGCAGCAAAUUCACCUCCAGAAGCAAGUGGUGAUCCAGCAACAAAUUGCUAUCCAUCACCAGCAGCCAUUCCAGCAUCGUCAGUCCCAACUCCUGCACACGGCUACACACCUCCAACUGGCCCAGCAGCAGCAGCAGCAGCAGCAGCAGCAGCAAGCUCCACCUAUGGCCCAACAGCAGCAGCAGGGGCCACCACAGGUCCCGCCACAGGCCCCGUCUCUUCACGGCCAACAGCAGGCCCAGACUCUUGUUGUCCAGCCCAUGUUGCAGUCACAACCUCAGGCCAUGCAGCUCCAGCAGGACGGUCAUUGCCCAACAGUCGCCAAGACCCCUGUCCCUAUUCAGUCCAAGCCCCCCAUCGCCCCUCUGAAACCCCCACAAAUUGGUGCUGCCAAAAUGUCAGCCUCUCAGCAGCCCCCACCUCAUAUACCAGUACAGGUCGUAGGGAAUCGCCAGCAAGGUUCGGCUCGCUUAGGGCUUCCUCAGAUGAACACAGCUGUGCAGGGCCCCCGCAGUGUCCCAGCUUUAGUGCAGCCAGUGUCCCAAACCCAUACAGCGUCCUCAUUAGCCCAGAUCUCUUCCUCCUCUUCUUCUUCGGUAUCAUCAUCACCACCACCACCUACUCUACAAGAAGCCCUUCCUCCGCUCACUGCUGGAGCCAAUGUAACCCAGGGCACAACGCAGAGCAAGCCCCAGGCUUUAGCAGUCAAGCGCAAGGCGGAAUCCGAGAGAGGAGAGAGAGGAUUGUAGUGCACCAUCUUUACAGGCUGUCAGAUCUUCUCCUGUGGCUGAGAGUCCUAAAACCACAGAAGAUAAGGGUGGCCUUGGAGGUGAGGAAA